AUGACUACUCGCGUUACACCGCAGUCUUCCCCUUGCGCAGCAAGGGUCACUGAGGUGCUGAUCGACUGGAUCCGCGCAGCUCGUCUCCAGCUCAGGCAGAGCUUUGGCUCGGACUUUCCUGUUCUGCGUCUGCACUCGGACAGAGGCGGAGAGAUUUCCUCUGGCCUUCUGAGAGCCUACUGUCGCGCACGAGGCAUCCGUCAGACCUUCACGCUUCCGGACUCUCCGCAGCAAAAUGGGAUCGCUGAGCGCCGCAUUGGCAUGGUCAUGGACGUCACUCAUACGUCCAUGAUGCAUGCGGCUGUCCCCCAUUUUCUGUGGCCGUUUGCGGUGAGGUACGCUGCGCAUCAGAUCAACCUCCACCCCAGGGUCUCCAGGCCGGAGACCUCCUCAGCCUUGCUGUGGACGGGGAAGGUUGGCGAUGCGUCGGCGUUCCGAGUCUGGGGAUCUCGGGCGUUUGUCCGCGACUUGUCUGCGGACAAGCUGUCCCCUCGUGUGGCUCCUUGCGUCUUCCUGGGGUUUCCCCCUAACGCGCCUGGGUGGCAGUUCUACCACCCCACCUCUCGCCGUGUUCUUUCCUCCCAGGACGUCACGUUUGACGAGUCGGUCCCCUACUACCGCCUCUUCCCUACCGCACUCCGUGUGUCCCAGGUAGACGCAGUCGAGCCUGUCGAGGUUACUUAUGACUCUGGUGCUGCUGAGGGUGCUGAGCCUGGGGGUGCUGAGGCUAGGGGUGCUAAGCCUGGGGGUGCUGAGACUGGGGGUGCUGAGCCUGGGGGUGCUGAGACUGGGGGUGGUGAGCCUGGGGGUGCUGUGCCUUGGGGUGCUGAGCCUGGGGGUGCUGAGCCUAAGGGUGCUGGGCUUGGAGGUGCUACGCCUGGAGGUCCUCUGGGUGCUUUGUCUUGCCGGGAGCCACUCUCUCCGCCGGAGCUGCGCGAGUGGUUUGCCCAACGCUGGAGGCGUGCUGCUGGAGCUGGAGGUUCUUCGGCUGCUGAGGGUGCUGGUGCCGCGGGUCCCGGAGGUGCUCAUACUGGGAGUUCUGGAGCUUCUGGGCCUGCGGGUUCGACUGGAGCUGGUGCUGCUGGGGGCGUUGGUGCUGAGCCUACUGCUCGCGGUCCUGCUGGGGGUACUACUGGUGCUGCUGGCGGUUUUGGAGCUACUGGAGGUGCUGCUAGAGUGGGUGCUCCUGCUAGGGGUACUGGUGCUGUCCCUGCUGUGUCUGGCGUCGCCGCGCGGCCUCGACCGUACUUCGUUCCACUCCUGCCGCAGCCUUCUCCUCCUGAGUCCUCUCUUCCUGCUCUUGCCGACCCGGAGUCGGACUCUCUACGUGCUGCCAGUCCUACUGUCAUGCGUCUCCUUGCUACUGUUGUGACUGGCCCUUCUUUCAAGUCCACUGCUGCGUCUGCCCCAGUUGCUGAGCUCGUUGACUUUGCUGAUCGCUGUCGCCUAGACUACGCUGCCAAUCUUGUCGCUGAGUCCGAGUCUGGAGACCCGGAUGCACUUGACAUCCCGACUCCGCGCUCUUACGCGGAGGCGAUAGAGGGUCCCUACUCUUCCCAGUGGCAGGCAGCUAUGGACACAGAGAUCGCUUCCUGGAACUCCACAGGCACCUACGUUGACGAGGUUCCCCCGCCUGGGGCGAACAUCGUCAGUGGCAUGUGGAUCUUCAGGGUGAAGCGGCUGCCGAGUUCUCCGCCUGUCUUCAAGGCACGGUACGUGGCUCGUGGCUUCAGUCAGCGGCAGGGAGUUGACUAA